UUCCCCUAUUUUAGUGGAGUUCGGUUACUCUGUGCUCUGCAACUCGACCUGCGGAGUUAGCCUGGUUAGCCCUUAGCUGGAUGCGCAGCAGCAGAGUGCCGUCUAGUAGUUACUAAACCAUCGGACCGAUGCCUCACAAAUCAUCCUUGGACUGUUUUACGUCGUUGGGGAUGAACACUAUGCGCCAAUUUUAACAGAUCCCGCUCAGCAGAGUGACCCGGAGCCGCGGAUGUUUCUGUCUGACGGUUUAUUGUUCAGCGGCUAACCAAAGCUAGCCUGUUAGCAGCUAACCCGUUAGCAGCAGCUUUGAAGCCUGGCCUCUGUAUGGCGACAACAGACUGACAGCAGCAGGAGUGAGCAGCUAAUCAGCCGAGGCCCCUGGUAGCAACAUGGCAUCCCGUCAGAGGAACUCGGUCCGGAUUCUGUCGAGCCGGGAACGGGGAUCCCAGACGUUUGGCUCGCAGCGGCUCCUGCAGCUGCUGGUGGAGGAGAAGGUCCGCUGGAUGAAAUGGCAGAGUCAGAAAGUGGAGCUUCCAGACAGCCCUCGAUCAACGUUCCUGCUGGCCUUCAGCCCCGACAGGUCUUUAAUGGCCUCCACACACGUCAACCACAACAUCUACAUCACGGAGGUGAAGACUGGAAAGUGCCUACAUUCCUUAGUGGGCCACCGGAGAACCCCCUGGUGUGUGACCUUUCACCCCACCAUUCCUGGCUUGGUGGCCUCCGGGUGCCUUGAUGGGGAGGUCCGCAUAUGGGACCUGCAUGGCGGCAGCGAGAGCUGGUUUACAGAGAGCAACGUGGCCAUCGCCUCUCUGGCCUUCCACCCGACAGCUCAGCUCCUCCUGAUCGCCACCAACAAUGAGUUACACUUCUGGGACUGGAGCCGCCCGGAGCCGUUCGCCGUGGUCAAGACGGGCAGCGACACGGAAAGAGUGAGGUUGGUGAGAUUUGAUCCUCUGGGUCACAACCUGCUGACAGCGAUAGUCAAUCCAUCUAAUCAGCAGAAUGAGGAGGACUCAGAGCUUCCGAUGGACAGUGUGGAGAUGCCUCACUUCCGUCAGCGCUCCUUCCUGCCUUCUCAGCCGGUUCGCCGAACACCAAUCCUCCACAACUUCCUCCACAUCUUGUCAUCUUCUCGCUCCCCGGGGCCUAAUGUGGGAGGUGAGCAGCAGCAGCGGCCUCCCAGUGAUGGUGCCAGCGGAGUUGGUGAAGCUCCCGGCAUGUCCAGCGGACCUUCGUUUCCUGGUUGCACCCAGCACCUGGGCAUGGUGUGUGUGUGCACCCGCUGCUCCGUGAGUCGGAAACGCUGCCUGCCUGCCGGUGCUUCCACGUCGACUCCAUCUGAUCCCAGAGUUUCUUCAGAGACCCCCACUCUCUCUACAGCCUCCACCUUUUCUUCAGCCCGCACAGAACCCAGGCAGCACACAGACCGGCCCUCAGCCUUCACCGCUGUCUACUACAGCACUGGCGCUUCACUAAACCCCAUCAUGCCAAACAUCAUCGAACCACUCCCCACCCCCAGGCCGGGACCGGACUGGACCCGUAGCCUGCUAAACAUGAGGGAAGGUGGGGUUGGUCCUGCUAUGCUGCCUCCCAGGACUUCCUCCUCUUCUUCUGUCAGCCUCCUGUCAGUGCUUCGUCAGCAGGGCAGCUCUUCUCAGUCCCCCCUCUACACCUCUGCCUCUGAGGGCAGAGGAUUCCCCCAGCAGGGAGAGUCUGGGACCCGGGACUCUGCCGGGACGAGCAGCGGCCACCACCCAUUCUGGGAUGGCUCUCGGAGCUCCUCGGCCUCCUCCUUCCGCAACGUCCUGCAAUGCAACCUGAGUCGCUAUUUCUUGGAGAUUGACCGCAUUGACAUUGACCCAUCACUUGGGGGCAGCAUGGCAGACGGGAACCAGGAACCGAGUCAAGAGCUGCUGAACAACAACAUGGACCCAGACAGGCCAAGCCAGUCGUCCUCAUCCUCCUCUGCCUCCCCAACCAUCAUCCACUACCAGCCUCCACCCCCACCUCCCCCUGCCUCCCACAACUUGGAGAACAAUGUCCCACCCCUGGCCUCCCGGGGCCACCUGAACCGCUGCCGGGCCUGCCACAACCUGCUGACCUUCAACCAGGACUCUCAGCGCUGGGAGCGCACGCACCAGACCUCAUCAACCUCCUCCUCCUUGGAGCCCUCCUCCUCUUCCUCCUCCUUCUCCUCACCUGCAGCUGCUUGGCAGCCGGAGGAAAGCAGACGGACACUGGAAGCUCCGACCCAGGAGAGGAGAGUGGUUCUGGAGCCCAGCGAGCAGCCGCCUCUCCCUCCAGGAGGAGCAGGAAGAGGAGCAGGAACAGUGGCCUUUCCCCUAGCGCCGCCUCCCAGCCAGGGUGCUGAGCAGACGGUGGGUUUGGUCUACAACCAGGACACAGCGCAGUGGGAGAGGGUGUACCGGCAGGCCACCACCAGCCGGACCGCUGAGCAACCAGAGGCCUUAAGCCAAGAAAUGCCUGUUGACCCCCCUGAUGAGGACUCCCUGAGGAGGCGGCUGCUUGAAUCAUCCCUGUUAUCGUUGUCUCGAUACGACAUGUCCGGUUCCAGAGACCACCCUAUUUACCCAGACCCAGCCAGACUUUCUCCUGCGGCGUACUAUGCUCAGAGGAUGAUCCAGUACUUGUCUAGACGGGACAGCAUUCGUCAGCGUUCCCUGCGAUAUCAGCAGAACCACCGCAUGCGGACCAUGUCCACAUCCUCCGACAGCCCGACUCCCAACCCAUCCAAUUCCAUGGACAACAGCGACAUGGACUUUGAUGAGCUGGACGAUAACGGAGACAGAGCGAGACACAGGACACCACGGAAUGCCAGGAUGUCGGCUCCCUCGCUGGGGCGAUUUGUCCCACGCCGCUUCCUCCUGCCGGAGUACCUGCCGUACGCUGGGAUCUUCCAUGAACGUGGACAGCCCGGUCUGGCUACACAUUCCUCUGUCAACAGAGUUCUCGCUGGAGCGUCCAUUGGAGAAGGUCAGUCUGCGGUCGCCAGCAACAUCGCCAACACCACGUACCGCUUGCAGUGGUGGGACUUCACCAAGUUUGACCUCCCAGAGAUCAGUAACGCCUCGGUCAACGUUCUGGUGCCAAAUUGUAAAAUCUACAACGAUGCCAGCUGUGACAUCUCUGCAGACGGUCAGCUGCUAGCAGUUUUCAUUCCCAGCAGUCAGCGGGGUUUUCCAGACGAGGGCAUCCUGGCCAUUUACUCUCUGGCUCCACACAACCUGGGAGAGAUGCUCUACACCAAGAGAUUCGGUCCCAACGCCAUCUCCGUCAGCCUGUCUCCUAUGGGAUGCUACGUCAUGGUGGGCCUGGCCUCCCGCAGGAUCCUUCUGCAUCCCUCCACCGACCACAUGGUAGCGCAGGUGUUCCGGCUGCAGCAGCCGCAUGGAGGAGAAACAUCCAUGAGGAUGGUCUUUAACGUGGUUUAUCCCAUGGCUCCGGACCAGAGACGCCACGUCAGCAUCAACUCGGCCCGCUGGCUGCCAGACCCAGCCAUGGGUCUGGCUUACGGCACCAACAAGGGCGACCUGGUGAUCUGCCGGCCCGUCUUCUACAGGAGUGAUGGUGAGAGUCUUGCAGAGCCCAGCAGCGAACCAUUGUUCUCAGUCAACAACAGUGGAACCAGCCGGACCCGAGGUUCUGACAGACCAGGGCUAAACCGCUCUGGUUGGAGGCUUGACAGAGACAUGGGACUGAUGAACGCCAUUGGUCUGCAGCCCCGAAACCCCGCCCCUUCAGUGACAUCACAGGGAACCCAGACGCCAAUCAUCCAGCUGCAGAAUGCCGAGACACAGACGGAGAGAGACCUGUCAGAGCCCGGCGUUUCCCAGCAGCCUCCCAGUCUGAUUGCUGAAGCUCCAUCUACAAGUCGAGCAGCUCAGGCGCCACCAGAGACGCCUGAGAGCAGUGGAGUUCAGGAUGGAGUCCAGACAGAAGCUCCUGCAGAGUCCAGCGGUCCUGCAGCUGGUCCAACUGAGUCAGCGGAGUUCGGUUCUGGAGAAGAUGCUCUGGCACGAAUACGCCGGCUGAUUGCAGAAGGCGGCAUGACAGCUGUGGUCCAGAGGGAGCAGAGCACCACCAUGGCGUCCAUGGGCGGCUUCGGGAACAACAUCAUUGUCAGUCACCGCAUUCAUCGGGGCUCCCAGACCGGCCCGGGGGCCUCCAGGCCACAGGCGGACCCCUCUGCUCCCCCCCUUCUCGUCCCCCAACCCUACCCCCUCCGCUCCCUGCAGGCUGCAGACCCCUCCGAGCAGCUCUCACCCAUGUGGGGCACCCAGGUCCUGCGGGGCCCCCAGCCGUCGGGCCUCUCAGUGACAGUGGACAUGGACGAUGUGUUCGGAGGACGAACCGACGAUGACUCUCUGCCAGGUCCUUCCUCCUCCUCCCUGCUGCUGGGCUCCCGUUCCUCUUCUUCCUCCUCAUCCUCUCACAGCCCCCUUCCUGGCAGCGGAGGCAGGCCUAACAGUUACCCUGGCGACCCAUACAGCAGGUAGUCCUCUGAUUGGCCGAGAGAAGCAGAGUCCAGUGUGCUGCUCAAAGCCUAAACUAACAGAAAUAGGUGCUGCCUGACACUGAAGGGACACGGCCCCUCCUCACCCCACCUCACCUCUCCUCACCCAGCCUCACCUCUCCUCACCCAGCCUCACCUCUCCUCACCCAGCCUCACCUCUCCUCACCCAGCCUCACCUCACCCAGCCUCAUCCCGCACUGCUUUUCCUCUGCACUUAGAAGCCCAGGCUGAAGCUGAGCUGAACUGUGAUCAUUCCUCAUCUGAAAUAGCCCUCCUCUCUGAUCCACUUUGUUUCCGUGCGAUAAAGUGCCAUCUCUGAAGGGGUGAAGAAGAGGAGGAGCAGAAUGUUGGUUUUCUUCCUCUCAGAUUAUCUCCAACAUGUUUGCACUGGGUGCCAUGUGAUGUAGAAGCUGAUGUAAAGCCGAGACUAAAGCGUUCAGACCGAACGCUGAGUUUUUGUCCUGUGUGUGACUCAGGGGGUUUGGGCAGGGCUCCUGUGAGAGGGUGGAGGUGGGCGGGGUAAAGGAGCGUCCCAUGAGAGGACAGGUGGACAGUACUGGCUGCAGCCUGAGUGGACAGAUGAGACUGAAUCUGCUGGAGAUCAUGAAAAAAUAAGUAACUGUUUUUGUUUUUUUAAAGGAGAGCAACCGUUUCCUGCUGAGACCACAGGACGGUUCUAACCCCGCCCCCCAAUCCUUCUUAAACCCACAGUUGCACUACGGUGUGUUUUGGUGCUACAUGAGCCUGAACAGAAGUGUGUGUGUGUGUUUGCCUUUAAUGAAUGCUUCACAUUUUAUCCAUUAUGUUCCUGUGUUCACAGUUCUGUUCCAAAAUCCUGAUCCAUCCCUCCUUUCCUCCGUGUCAUCCAAACUUCCUGCUCUUCAGUUUUCCAGGCUUUCUGCAGAACUCUGGGUCAUUGAAACCAAGUCAGAAUCAGCCAAUGUCUGGAUUAAAACUCGGAUGUUCCUUCAGGAAGCCUGGAGAGCUACAGUCCACUUUAAAGGAUUCCAGGAAGGACUGGAUCACAGGAGUGAAUAUGAAAUGAAACGAGGACUGGAUCAGGAGCUAUGGACCAGAACUGUUUGCUCAUUCAGAGCUGCUGCUGAUUGUCUUCACACUCUCUGAGUCUGGGUCAGAAACCCAGCUUGACUUCAAUCUCCUGGAGACAAUUACUUUUCCAGAAUUACUCCAAACAAACCCUGUGUGUUUGAACCUGGGUCUGGUUCUGAACCAGUUCUGCUGAGAACUGGUUUGCUUUCCCAUGAGUCUGAACAUUUAAAGACACAAUUCAGGUUUCAUUUUGGUCUCUUUUAAGCUCCAGCAGAUCAAAUCACGGACCGAUUUCAUGCCUGAUCAUGUGACCGAUCAGGUGAGCGUUUCUACAAAGAUCUUCUCCUCAGAUGCUGUUUCUACCUGGUCGCUUGUUGUCUGAUACAAGAUCAUCUCCACAGGUCUCUUCCAGUUCAUCACAUGAACAUCAGUUCUCUGAUGUGAAUCCGGUCGGGUCUCAGCUGCAGUUCCUCUGAUCAUGUAAGGGGAGUCCUGUUGAGAUCAGUUAUCAGAUUAACCAGAAGUUCCUUCAUGACGGCUUCCUCCUGCGUUUUCAGACACGCUGCUGCUCCCCGAGCCUCAGAAUCCAGCAGAAUCGGAUACUGGGAGCUGGAUGUGAUGAAAAGUUCUGAUGGACUCUAGGCGUGAUGGAUUAGAAACUGCCCUGUAACACUUAUACAGGGAUUAUAACCAGAAUUGAUAUCACAGGGCCUGGUACUGUUGUCAGUAUGUUACUGAGCAGUGUUUACAAAUCAGGUUAAAUGGAGACUUUGAAUGCAGCUCAUUUGGCAGCAUUCACAAACUCAAAAACUGUUGACUUCCCAUUAUGAAGCUGACACUGAGCUGAGGUUCCCCUGCUGCUGCCUCUCCAUUGUCCAUAAGGCUCCAGUUCUAAUGGUUUCACCCGAACAGAUCGGGCUCCACCUGAAGCUCUAAGCAUUAGCUGCGCUCUCUGACCAGCUAAUGUGGACCCAGACUUCCUGCUGACUGGAGAAUAACUGGAGUUAGAUGGAGACGCUGCAAACGGAAAACCCUGAUGCGUUAAACGGCAACUUAAGCAUCAUGGGAUUCUGAGUUCUGUCUGAGUUAACUCUGCUCAGAGGGUUUCAGACUGAAACCAAACAGAACCAACGUGACCUUUUAAUGUUUCAGCUCCAACAGCAUGAAAGUCCUUGUUCUGUUGGUCCGAACUACUGGAGGAACAUUUUCAGACUGUUUUUAUCAAACCUGCAGGUUAGCAACUCGUCAGCAUCCCUGAACGGAUCUGGGCUGAAGAUCAUCUAAUUUUUUUUCUAGCUUGAAGCUUUAAGAUUGUUUUAUGCUGAAACCUGCAGGUUUCCGUUAUCUGUGGAUCUGUGGGAAGCUGUGGAGCGGUCCCGGUACGGAUUAUCAUGAUUAAUUACAGACCUGUUACCAUGAUGAUAACAGAACCAUGAGGAAGGAAGCAGCAGCUGAUCUGAAAGCACCUCCUGAGUUGACUUGAUUGGUGAACAGUUUAGACCCAGUGUCUCUAUGACGUGUGUGUGUGCUUGUGUGUGUUCAGGUUAUGGAGGGAUGAGUGUAUAAACUGAACGGUACUGCUGUGUCAGGAUCCCACUGUGGAGUUUGGACGGCUCCAACAUGACUCUUUGACUUUUAGACGUGAUGUAAUUAAAGAGAUUUGAGAGUUUCUCUGA